AUGAGAUUUAACAUCGUAGCGUUCGCGUUGCUUGGAUUCGUGGUUGCUUCUCCAUCUGAUGUACCAGAUAUCGAGGAUGCGAGCCCCGAACACGUGACCUACUGCAUCGCCUACGAAUCGACUUACCUCGUACCGGUACCCAUCGGCACAAACUCUUCGGAACCCAGUUCAUUUGCAACAGAAGAGCCAGGCUUUGUAGCCUCUGACUCUACAAACCUCCCACCGUUCACUUCAACGAAAAAAGCAAGUACUUCAAUCACUACUGGGAACACUGAGCAACCCUCAUCGCCCACCGACGACACUAUAGCUCCACCUGCUCUUUCACCUAGAGGGAAGCGUGUUAUAUUCCUCGUCACACCUUUCGGCGAACUCACCAAGCGUGACGUUGGAAGCUUCGUUGGCAAAGAUAAUCCCGAUGUCUGUACUUUCGCUACAGUCUAUGUCCUUGGUCAGGGCCGACUCUUUGAAGGGAAUUUCCCCAUUUCUUACUCGGGGGAGGACUUCCAACAGCUCCACUCCUCGACUUCACCUGGUGCUGAUAGCAUCACUACCACUUUUGGCAGCGAAGGGGGCGUUCUUGGGUUCUCAAAUCCUUCUUUACCGGGCGGUAGAGCUUCUUUCUGCCAGACCCCUUCGGAUGGCCAAGUUUACAUCACAUACAACUCCAAACCAUCUGGAUGCGUUUUUAUUACGCUUAAUAUCUACGAAGUCGAACGAUGCAUCAACGGAAAGAUUGAUGGCCUUGAAACCACGACCUAUGGCCUCAGCCGAUCCGACAGUGUAUACGUUACAACUGAUCCUUCCGCUGAUAUCACCAUGUCGAAUACUCCUGAAACAGAAGUCCUGGCAAUAAGUGAAAGCAGCAAACCGGAUAAUACAGAUGAUCUCAGCUUCACCAGGUCAUCGGAUGCAGCCGGUAUUGUAUUUCCUACACUAUCGAUUGCCUCUACAGGGCCCUGGAAUAAUCAGACAUCAAUUACAUCAACACUCUUCCGAGGCUCUGAUAUCCCAACAUCAAUCGAUGACAUGGCCUCGAACACAGACCUGGCCCCUUCUUCAACAUCAAGAGAAGGGUCAAUUUCUGAACAUCCACUUGAGCCCUCCUCUUCAACCACCCCUGUUUUUGUGAAGACAGAAGAUCUCGCCUCCAGGUCUGGCGAAUUAUCCAGUUCGGAGGACCUUUCAAACCAUUCAGAUGUUGAGAGCAGUACGACUGAGACAAGUGCUGCAACCGGAGAUCUCAAUUCUUCUGAUACUCUCGUAACAACAAUGGAAUCCAGGACAGUGGACUCUACUAGAACUUCUACUGAUACAACUACUACCACUCAGGAGCCAGCUCUGGUCGCUCGCAGUGUCACCCGUAACGGUAACUUUGCUAUAUCAGACCCCAACUCCCCUAGUUCCGUUGAGGGAUGGACCAUCAAAGGGGAAGCUAUUCAAAGCAAUGGAGAUGGCUACAAGGGAGAUGGCAGUACUGAUAACGGUUGCGUUAUACUUACCGUGUCGGGAGUGACAGACGCUCGCCGCAAGCGAGCCACUGUCUCUUCUUCUAUCGAACAAGUCUUGACCGGUCUAGAUACGACGGUAGAGUAUACAGUACAGUUCUACUAUUUGGUCACAGGCACUUCUAAUACUGGAUCUUGUCAAGUCAUUGGACGUGCUGGGUUACAGGAGUUCUAUUCUGAGGAUAUUUACUUCUCAGAAUCCAGCACGCCAUGGGAAAAGGCUAUUGGCACCGUUAUGGCGGAUGUAGAGGAGGCUCCUCUCGUUUUUUCUUUGUCCUGUACGGGAGGCGGCAGGGCUAAGAUCCUUGUGGACUCAGUUUUUGCUUCAAAUGAGGUAACACCCAGCAAUAUAGACGAUUAUGAGUUGGAUUAUGGGGAUGAGGGUAACUGA